UUCUUCCCUGUUUUCUCCGCUGAAUUAAAAAAAAAAAAAAAACUCUUAAAAAUUUUUCUAUUUCAAUUCCCAAAAAUAGAUUUAAAAUUUUUUUUUUCUUUUCUAUGGAUUAAACUGGCUCAAUUCAAACACGUCAAAAUAAGAAAAACUUUUAUCUUUUGUUCUCUUGAUUGAAAGUGAUGAUCUAGGGUUUUCACGUUUCAGUUUUUAUUAUUAUUCGAAAACCGAAAUUUUGCUGUUUGGGAAGGGAUUGAAUUUGGGAUAAAAUUUCGAAACAGAAUCAUGGAAAUGGAGGUGUUAGGUGACGUGGCAUCUCUCGACCCUGAUUUACUUCAGCUCCCUGAGCUCUCUCCCUUAGCUCUCAAAUCCAAUCCCUUUCUCGCUGAAGAGCUCUUCUCCAUUUGGCUUUCCCUCCCUGAAACUGGUCGCCUGGUUAAGAAUUUGCUUACCGAUGCGAAAACGGGGACCUCUUCGAUGAAUGCCACGGGUAAUUCAGGCGGUAUCAAUGUUUCUACAACCAAUUUAUUGCCGUCCAUGUUUCCUUCUACGAGUACUCCUCCGCUAUCGCCUCGUAGUACUUCGGGUUCCCCUCGUAUUGUCAAACAGCGGUCUGGCCCUUCUUCUCUAGGUUCGCCUCUCAAAAUAGUCAGUGAACCAGUCCGAGAAGUCAUACCACAGUUUUAUUUUAAAAAUGGUCGUCCACCUCCAAAUGAAUUGAAAGAGCAGUGCUUAUUUGCGAUUGAUCAGCAUUUUUAUGGGCAUUUGGGAUUGCAAAUUCCUGAAUUUAAGGGGGUAACGAGAGACAUUUGCAAGCUACCUUCAUUUUUCUUCACCACAUUGUUUAGAAAAAUUGAUGUCAACAGCAGUGGUAUUGUGACAAGGUCUGGACUUAUGUACGCUGGAAUGAAUUUUAGGGAUCAAUUUGUCAAUUAUUGGAUUGGAGGCAACAUGUUAACAAUGGAUUUAGCAACCCAAAUCUAUACAAUUCUUAAGCAACCUGAUUGCAGAUACCUUACUCAGGAUGAUUUCAGACCCAUUUUACGCGAACUUUUGGCAUCUCAUCCAGGACUGGAGUUUUUACAAAGCACCCCAGAAUUUCAGGAAAGAUAUGCUGAAACUGUCAUAUAUAGAAUAUUUUACUAUAUAAAUAGAUCAGGAACUGGUCGUCUUACCCUCCGGGAAUUGAAGCGUGGGAACCUAAUUGCUGCAAUGCAGCAUGUGGAUGAAGAAGAAGACAUUAACAAAGUUUUAAGAUACUUCUCUUAUGAACACUUCUAUGUAAUAUACUGCAAGUUUUGGGAGCUCGACAACGACCAUGAUUUUUUGAUCGACAAAGAGAACCUUAUCAGAUAUGGUAACCAUGCUCUUACCUACCGGAUUGUUGAUAGAAUUUUUUCUCAGGUUCCGAGAAAAUUUAGAAGUAAGGUUGAGGGGAAAAUGGGUUAUGAAGAUUUUGUGUACUUCAUACUGUCGGAGGAGGAUAAAUCUUCAGAACCUGGUCUGGAGUACUGGUUUAAAUGCAUUGAUUUGGAUGGAAAUGGGGCCCUCACACCAAAUGAAAUGCAAUUUUUUUAUGAGGAGCAGUUACAUCGAAUGGAGUGCAUGGCCCAAGAACCAGUGAUUUUUGAGGAUGUAUUAUGCCAGAUUGUUGACAUGAUUGGACCGGAGCAUGAAGGCUACAUCACUCUACGUGACUUGAAAGGCUGCAAACUUUCUGGACAUGUUUUCAACAUUCUUUUCAAUCUCAAUAAGUUUAUCGCUUUUGAAAGUCGUGAUCCUUUUCUUAUUCGUCAGGAGCAUGAAAAUCCAACAUCGACAGAGUGGGAUCGCUUUGCACAUAGAGAAUAUAUUAGGCUUUCUAUGGAAGAAGAUGUUGAGGAUGCUUCAAAUGGAAGUGGAGAUAUUUGGGAUGAAUCAUUCGAGGCUCCCUUUUGAAAUUAGUUAGAGGUCUACAAGAAAUGGAGGUGUUUCCGUUAAAAUCGAACUGGUUUUUGCUCACACCAGUGUUAUUUUAACUCUGGUGGCACAAUUGUAUGCAUAUACACCUGCUGGCCAUAUUCAGACGGUAAUUUUGAGUAGAUGGGAAUGUCAAGAGCUUUCUACUUGGAGCCUUUAGCUUAGAAUACCAGAUGCCUUGAUUGUGUAGGGGACAGUUGCAGAAUAGGGAAAUUUUUACUGUCCAUAUAAUCAUAGUUCAGAAUAAUAUGAAAUGAAAUCAAAAUUUUGUUUGUAAAAAGUCGGUCCUGGUGUCCUCUUGUUGGUAAAUCUCUAUAAGUGUUUUACCCUUGUUUUCUUUUUGUUUGUAUUGAUACCAAUAUGUUCACGGUGAUUCAAUUUAUGAUGAAAAGAAACUGUUAUUAUUUGUAAUAAUUUGUUAUUGAGAUGCCUCCCUCUCAAGUCCUCUCGUCUUUCCAUUCAUCCCAACCAUUAUCUUGACAUCCUUUGCUGUUUAGGUAUCUAGCAUUUGCCGGUAGCAUCACACUCCUAUUCAGAGAAGAUUUGAUACCCAUUUUACUCCGGCUGGCACAUUUAGUAAAGAUGUAUAUACGAACUAUAUUGUCACUUGUCAGCUAGUUAUCAGCUGCAGUAUGUUGACAUAAUCAUGUGCCUGAUGAUGCUUUGUGCAAUGGCUUAAUUGCAUGUGGAACUCCAAUCGGGUUUUUUAUGCUUAAAUGUCUAUGGAACAAAAUAAUCCGACCAAUUUUAUGACUUACAGCUGAAUGCAUGAACCUCAGAACUUUUAAGCUCGAAUAAUUUAUUUAUAAAAUAGCAUUUGCAUU